AUGUUAUUUAUAAUAGAAUGGAAUGAUGCCGCGUUCAGGAAUCGAAACAUUCAUAAAAAUGCCAUUAUCACCGCUAUUCAAGCGUUCAAUGGAUGUCAACCAUUUCAAAGAAAUCUUUCAACUAUCACUGGAAGCACCAAUGCCGCCCCAUCUGAAUCUAUCUUCAUUAUCUCUGAUACUAGGAAUAAUGAUAAAGUACAAAUCGCCGAGGAUAUUGUGAAAUAUCUUAGGGAAACAUUUUUCCAAAGAAAUCGUAUUUCGUUGGGUAGAGUUUAUGAGAUACAGGCUACUAGAAAAGGAUUUUUUGAAGUUAGGGAAGAUCGUGAUGUGUUCUAG